AUACAAUGAAUGUUUUAGAUCAAAUUAAAAGUAAUAUAUAUAGUGCAUUACUUUUUUAUUGGGAUGCACCUAAUGAUGCAAGAUUAAUAGCCUCUUUAUUGGACUCUCAUUAUAAAGAAUUAGAAUCAGAGCCUGAAU